UAUCCAGGAAGUGAGCAGCGUGUCUGCGGGCCUCACGUCUUUCCGUCCUACUAUUCUCUCUCUUUCUCUGAUAAAAGUCACGGUUUUCUCUCAUCCUUCACCGUCACAAUGGGAGACGACGAGGAGAAGUACGACGGGAUGCUGCUGGUGAUGGCGCAGCAGCACGAAGGAGGAGUCCAGGAGUUGGUGAACACGUUCUUCAGCUUCCUGCAACGUAAAACGGAUUUCUUCACCGGAGGCGACGACGGCGCUGCGGAGAAGGUGGUGAAGGACGCCUUCGACCGGCACAACAAGCUGGCGCUGAAGUCCCGGAAAGAGCAGCAGCAGAGGCAGGAGAAGGAGAAGAAACUGAAGGCCGAACGGGCGGCCAAGCUGGCAGAGGAGGAGAGGAAGAAGAAGACGACCGAUGACGGCCCUAAAAUCCAGGAACUGACGGACGAAGAGGCAGAAAAACUGCAGACCGAACUCGACAAGAAGAAGAAGGACGAGGAGAAGAAGAAGAAAGUAACGGAGGAUUCAGAGAGCAAAGCUGACAAGGAGAAGGGGUCCGACUCUGAGGGAGAGGAGGAUGAGAAGGACAAAGAUAAGCUGAAGCCUAACUCGGGGAACGGAGCCGACCUGCCGGCCUACAAGUGGACGCAGACUCUGUCUGAGGUUGAUCUGGUGGUGCCUUUCGAUGUGAAGUUCCGCAUCAAGGGGCGCGACGUGGUGGUGGACAUCCAGCGGCGCUCCCUGCGGGUGGGGCUGAAGGGCCACCCGCCGGUGAUCGAGGGCCCGCUGAGCCACGAGGUGAAGGUGGAGGAGAGCUCCUGGCUGAUCGACGACGGCAAGGUGGUGACGGUGCACCUGGAGAAGAUCAACACCAUGGAGUGGUGGAACCGGAUCGUCCCCUCGGACCCGGAGAUCAACACCAAGAAGAUCCGUCCCGAGAACUCAAAGCUGUCCGACCUGGACGGAGAGACGCGCGGCAUGGUGGAGAAGAUGAUGUACGACCAGCGGCAGAAGUCCAUGGGGCUGCCCACGUCGGAGGAGCAGAAGAAGCAGGACAUCCUCAAGAAGUUCAUGGCUCAGCAUCCGGAGAUGGAUUUCUCUAAAGCCAAGUUCAGCUGAGACGUGGCUCCGGCUGCGUCAGGACCAUCAGAACCGGGCCGGCGCCAGCCGCUCGGGUCGCCUGGUUAAUGGACACGCUCUUGUUGACUGACACGUCUUAAGCGCAUGGUUUCUGUUUGUUUACCGGAGAGUUGGAGGUAUUUAACGUUCACUCUGUACGUGGUCUCGCUCCCUAAAGAUGUUUGGACUUUCUGUUUCUUUUUUUAAUAAAUCACGUCAAAAAGAAA